GCGAGCUCCACACGUGGCUGACAACAAUGAUGAGAGGCAGUUUCGUUCCCCGUUCAAGUGCAAGAUCUGGCGCGGGCGUUGCAGCUGAAGACCCUAUCAAGCGUCCGGAGCUGCUUUUUGAGAAGAAAAUACGGGACCAAUUGGAAAGACGGGUCUCUCAAGGGGACGACAAUCAAGAUCAAGCCCAAUCAACGGACGAGAUUGGUUCAACGAUUCCAAUCCACGAUACGUCGUCAAAGGGGGGAAUAAUCGCGCUAUCCAAGUCGUUGGGAGGAGAAGGAGGAGGAGGAGGAGGAGGCGUAACUCGCAAGAAGCAGCUAGAGAGGCUCGCCCCAUCAGAUGCCCUUUCAUUCACUCACAGAGAGCCUGACGCGUGGACGGUUCAAGCCCAAGAGGCAUGGCCUAAUCCCGACACGUGGCAAGAAGGGAGACGAUUCACUGCUCACUCAAUCGGCAGACCAUGGGAUUACUUACGAAGAGGAGUGGGAAGAUCGUCCCCCAGGUCGAAGCGAGACCCCUUAAAUCCGUUCCAGAAAGAUCUUAUCCUAGUGGAUUGGACUGGAGAGCGCGCCGAGCGGAGAAUUGGCGGGAAUUCGCGAGUGCUCAGGGAUGGAGGGGGCGGGAUGACAUCAAGAAGCCAUCGAUCUAUUGGCAGCAGCAGCACCAGUAGCUGGGAGACAAGCCGGAGGGGGGGAGGAGGAGGAGGAGUAGGAAGAGGAGGAGGAGGGGGAGGAGGAGGAGGAGGAGGAGGAGGAAGAGGAAGAGGAGGACGGGGAGCGGGUAGGGCACAGCUUGUUCGUAGGGCCGCGUCCUCUCAAGGUUUGAAGAGGCGUCAAAGCCUUCCCGCGGCUACCCGCUUCAGAGAUGGUCACUCUGCAAAAGUCAAGGAUGAUUAUAAUCGGAAGGGUAUUAAUCCCACCCUCACCCUCCCUUCUUCUCCUCCUCCUCCUCCUCCUCCUCCUCCUGGGGGUGGUAGUGGUCGUGGUGGUGGUGCAUCUGUAUCUGGACGAAAUCAUCCGGAUCCGGAUGGGGGGAGAUCGGCAGCGACGUUGGGAUCGAUGCCUGGUAGCCGUCCUCCGUCCAAUCUGGAUGAAAGAAAGGUCGUUUCACAACAAGCAGGGGUGCGAGGGGGGGGAGAGAAAAAGACGGGGGAGGUGCAAUUGGGAGAGGGAGGUGGUGGAUAUGAAGGGGGUUGGGGAUGGACGACGACUACUCAAGGAGAAAGGACGAAGAGAGAGAGCUAUGGCGGCGAAGAGGCACAGGCUUCUGAUUAUGAAAAUCGCGCCACGGUCACCGUUCAAAUAACAGCAGCGUCUCAAGUAAUUAGGUCUGAAAGGAUUGGCUAUGGAAUCGUUGGUCGAGAUGUGUUGUUGGUUAAGGAUAAGGAUAAUAAAAAUAAGGAUAAGGAUAAGGAUAAGGAUCAGGAUAAUCCUGUUGUCCACGUGGCAAGACGACGAGCGAGUCGAACCAGUCUGAAGGGAAUAGGGUUAGCAUCCUAUAACCAGCAGGUACCGUCAUCAUCGCACGGGUCCCCAAGGAGUGCAAGAGGUCACGUGUUCGUCGAGUACAGAGGCGGAAGUCUGUCGGGGAGUCAAACUGGGGGAAGUGAGUCUGGUAAAGUAUUGGAAGAGGGAGGAGGAGGAGGAAGAGGAAUAGGAGGAGGAGGAGGAGGAGGAGGAAGAGGACGAGGAGGAGGAAGUGGUGGUGAUAGUAGUAGGGGAGACAUGAUUGCUGACUCAGCAGAUGAGAUAACAAAGAACGUCGGGAUCGGCAGCAGCAUUGCCGGAUCGAUUGACACGUGGCACACGAUGGCGGCUUUGGAUUCGUCGAGCGCCGACGACGAGGAGGAGGAGGAGGAGGAGGAGGUGGAGGGCUUGAGCGGUCGCCGACCUCCGGAGACGUAUGACCUUCUUCUGAAUCUCGAAGCCUACGGAGCGGAUGCCACGUGGAAGAAAACGGUGGAUGCUGCGACUGCCCAUUCCACUACUCUCUUCAGUGAUACUUCAACGAAGUAUCAGGGAAACGAGCACCAGUUAGCAGCCACUUCUGUCCCCGCGGCUGGGCUUGCUGGCAUGGACGAUCAGCUUCGUUACGUGACCCAUGGAGAGGAGGAGUAUUCUGACAUGGAUAGCGAUGCGGAUACGCAAGAGAGGAUAAGGACACAAUUUGACGUGAGCGACGGAGACAGACAACGAUGGCGCUACAACGGAGGAGGCGGCGAGAAUCCGCAGGAGGGGAUUCUGCUGCUGGGCAAUCUCAAGACUACCGCGCUUCAACCGCCACGUGGAUCUCUCGAUACUUGGAUAGAAGAAAAAAACGGCGGGAAAAAGGAGGUAAUCAUGCAGCAGCAGCAGCAGGAGGAGGAGGAGGAGGGGAAGAAGGAGGGGGAGUUAUGGAGGGAAAAAGCGGUUAUCGGAAAUGAUGCGGAAGAUUCAAUGCAGGCCAGAGCAAAGGUCAGACAGCAGUUUCAAGCUGCAGCUCAGCAGUAUCUGUCAGAGUCUCCAGAUGAUGAGGAGGCGGAGGAGGAAAUCCAGCGGCAUGUAGCCGUUGGAUUGGAUUCUGACGUGUCUGUACCUUUCUCAGAAGGGCGUCCUGAUUCCUAUUAUAACCAGCAACAGCAACAAUUAACCAGUUCCAUUGUGAACGCAUCUCCGGGCGGUAGUCCUGCUGUCAACCGUGGGCACAACGAGAUCUCCGACAAAACGGCGGCGAAUCUAAACGAGAUUGCGAACGCGAUUGUGGCAAACGGGGAUGAAUCUUGGGAGAGGGAGGGGGUGGGUUCUCUCAACCUGAUGCCGGUGACAGUGAACAGCAGGGAUAAAAGCGCCAAUGUCACACCUCGUACAGACAGCGAAGGAGGAGGAGCUUCACAGUCAGAAGCAGAGGAGGAGGUGGUGGUGAUUACGAGUGGUAGUCGAACUGUGAUGAGAAUGAUGGGAGGAGGAGGAGGAUGGAGAGGACUGGGAGGAGGAGGAGGUGAUCCAGAAGAAGAAGAGGAAGGCGUAGGGAGGAGGCGGGGCGGUGGACGUGGGAGCAGUACACGUCGAGUCGGUGGUCGGGGUCGCGGUAGAGAAGGAGUGACAGCCAUGGAUAGUCGGGAUACCGGCGGUCACUGGAGGGGGGGGGGGGGGGGGGGGGCGCCGCGAGCGCGCGGACACCCGGCGCCCUCUUAUCAUGCCACGACGGACAGUGAUAAUCAGCUUCUUCCACGUGGGCCAUCAUCCUAUCCAUCUAGGCCCACAGACGACCAAGCACCGCCGCCGCCGCCGCCGCUGGUGGUACUGAUGACGGAGGAACCUCACUACCACCCCCUCCCGCCCCCAAGCGUCAAUCAGUCUCCAUCCUUGAUCUGUGGCAUUCAGUUCUCAUUGUCAUCAACCACUACUCAAGAGUCUCAUCUGUUGUCGUCAUCAGCUAGUCAACAACACCACCUCUCUACCACUCCGCUGCCCCCGUCGACUGCCGCCGCCGCUAACGCUAAUAGUGAUUGGCAGCAAUCUAAUCCGUUGACAUCAACAAGUCAAUCCGGCAGCGCUGGGGCGCAAGAUGCGUCGAGAGCGGCAAAUCCUGCUGGCGACACGUCGGAGGAGGGUAAUCAACGGAGUGGAGGGUGGUUGCACCCACAAGCCGCAAGUGUUUCCAGCGGAAGCAGCAGAUCGCCACGUGGAUCGCCACGUGGCAAUCGUCUGGCGUAUGCAGUCGAUGAGUCGCAGGCACAAGAUCCCGACCGUACGAUCGAGGCUGGUGGCGAUGGCGAUCCGACGGGGGAGGAGACGGCGCUAUACGACCAACUUUAUCCUCAAUCUUCUUUCACGAGGGCGUACAAAGAUCAUGGCAGGAUAAGAUUCGGCCAUCAGGGCACGAGCAGGGGUCUGCUUCUGCCGCACACUGCAGCUGCAGCAUCUGCAACGGCCAUCUGCAGCGCGACACGUGGCAUGCUGUCCGACACCACCACCAUAGGAGGAGACGGAGGAGUAGAAGACCGGCUUCUUGUCAUUGCGCGCCAAGGGCAAGAUAUGAUCACUGACGGAGAGACGAUAACGGCCAUCGUGCGAGAAAAGGUGGAAGUUGUCCACAAGGUGGAAUUUGAUUACGGAAGUGAGGAAGACGGCGGGAAUUCGCAGGGUCUGUUCCGCGCAGUCCAGAUCGCUGGGAGCCUCGUCGGGAUGGCGGAGCAAGGGCUCUCGAUCCCAAUGCAAGGCGGCAAUCUUCACGAGCUGCCCCUGGGUGUCGGUGUUACAAGCGGGCGUGUCAAGCGGAUGAGAGAGGAGGAAGGGGAGGAGGCGGAGGAGGGGGAGAAGGAGGAGGAGGAGGGAGGUGGCCACGGGUCGCCCCGAAUUGGACAAGUAGGAGGCGCAUGGAUACUCGCGCGAGACCGUACACAUAUCCACGUCAGCAUCGAGAAAGUCCCCCGCGCUGACUCUGACGUGGCGGGUAAUAAGGACAGGAGGGGCAAGAGAAGUAGAGGACCUGAUCUGGAAGAAGACAGGACUCGUUCCAUUGGCGAGAAUGACAGGGGGACUGAAGAGAGAGAAUUGCUCCGUAUUGGCGGCAAUAGGAGCGAUCGCGCAGAGGCCUCAGCUGCGCAGCCUACGAGCCGGAUCCAAACGGAGGAGCAGCUUACCAAAACGGAGGAGCAGUUUCUGCAACGGUGCCAAACGGAAAGCAAGAAGGAACAACGGGAAUACAAUGCUCAAAUUGAAGCAAUGAUGAGAUCGAUGCGACCAAUAGCAGUGCGUGCCGCCCCGAUCCAGCACGGGCUGGCUCCGUCACCGCCUCCCACAGGGAUCCCUGGCAACUUGAAUGUCAGAUACACGUGUCAUCAACCAGGACACAUAGCCCGGGAUUGCCCUCAUCAACCCCCACAACCACGAGUUGGGGCUGCGUCGGUAGCAGCAACUCCGAUUGUUAACGGGCGUGGACGUGUAGGAGCAUUAAUGGAAGAAAUAGAAGGAGGAGGAAGCACGUUAGCUACGAUGGAGGAAGCCGCUGAGCUUAUUCCAUUGGAUCAGUAUGUAACGCUUGGUUACCCGGGGCUUGGGAUGAUUGGAACAAUUAGACCGACGCCAGAACAAAGAGAAGUGGCGGAGUGGGAACCUUCUCUAGGGGAGAUGGAGUCGGGAGGACUCACCUUCGUCACGGGGAAAAUCGAUGUUCUUAACAUCGUGCGAGCCUUGGAUCAUCGGAUUCCUCUUCCGAUUGGUCAUUUACUCUCAAUUUCAGAACAAGCCAACGAAUGCAUGUUGCAACAUUGCAAGGCGAAUCGGAAACGGUUCGCCCUCGCACGGACAGCUAACGCGAAAACAAAAAGUCUUGCACAGGGCGAAAACGCUGCUGAUACUUCAGAUCCGAUACGACUAGGAUUAAUCCAGAAAGAUUAUCAUUUCCUAAGGAUUAAACCGAUCAUAUGGGAAUCCGCAGAAUGCGAUAUCGAGGUAUGGGGAAUCCCGUACAACCAUAUGAUUGAUUUCGGAGCCGCUGUUUUGGCUAUCUCAUUACGGGUAGUUGAAAGGACAGGGAGAAAGAACGAUCUAAUCAUGCUUACAGAAAAAGAUCAGCUCAAUUCAGCAGAUGAAGAAAAGAUUAAAACGGUGGGACAGAUGACCAAUGUUGUUUUUCGAUUAGGGAAAGUACAUGCUUUGGUAGAUGUUGUAGUCUUAGACGUAAACACUUACGACGUCCUUUUCGACCUUCCCGCUCUUGUGGCCUUGCGAGCCAAUCUGGACUUCGAGAGACGAUCGAUUGUCCUCCGAAAUACAGGAGGAAAACCCUAUGUUGUACCAAUGAGACUGACCCUUCGUACAACCACUAACGUGACCCUGCGAGUUUCUCCCAUGAUGGCGGUAACCCUUCGCGUGAUCACCUGGGAUAACUCCACAGAUGACGGACAAUCGUCAAAGGACUCGGACAGCAGCAACGAGGAUGAUCCAGUGAUUCUGGAAAUGGCACAACAGCGUAUCCAUUACCCUAUGCAGCGAGCGAAUGCGAACCCAAUGAGCUGGACUGACCAAAAUCUACAAAGAAUGCAAGCAAUGAUUAUGGGUGAACCCCUCGUACAAAUUUCGAGGAUGAUCGAUUAUCUGGAACCCUCUCGAACCUUGUACGAAGCUCUCGGCGAGCACCUGCUGGCGCCACGUGGCGACAUCUCGGCGAUCAGGCAAGUCCAUCACCCGCGAUUCAGUCCAGAUCUUCUACGGCUCGCACAGUUCUUCUGUACCACGGGAGUAUACACGGCGACGGAGUUCCGUUUUGCGGCUCAUAGCCAGACACUCGUACUGGCCGAAGCAUCGGCUUAUCGAAGACUUUCCGUACCUGGAGUCAGCCACGUGUUCACCAUUGUCAUCUUCAGCGGAGAUAUCAGCGCAGUGGAUCCACUACGGCAUAUGACCAUCCGAGUAUCGCUGAGAGAGUGGGGUGAGCAGCUGGCGGCGGAGUGGAACCAGUGGAUCGCGCGACACGAUGACAAUCUUGUCCCCACCAACGACAUCGAAGUCGGCGGGCUUCGCACGUCUCGACGUGAACCUGCGAUAGCGCUUCCGAAGCUCUCUGAUCUCUACCCCCGUCUCUCCUUCCGCUUAAAGCCCCUCGCCGUUCCCCUCAUCGAACCAAGACACUGGGAGAUUUGGUGUGAGCACUACCUCACUCUUUCGCUCUGUCUCGUCGAAGUGGAGCUGACGUGGACCCGAGACAGCGAACAUCGUGCCGCGAGGGAGAGCGUGGAGCUACUAAUUAUCCAGGUCUGGAGGACGGAAGUGGAGGGUGAUCUUCUCGGAUUCGUCUUCGGAGCAGUAGAGCCGGACCAUCGCCAGACGAUCGUGUGGGAACUCACGAUCCCUCUUGCGCAGCUCGUCGACGACCUUCCCCUCGAUAUCAUCUCGCAGUGCGACGAAAGUCCAGUGCCGCACGUCCUCCAACGAAGAUUGACGCCCUACCUGCAGUGGUCAGCCUGCUUAGAGAAUCGGACGAGAGGUGGCAGCUGUCCAUCGCGCACAGAGUAUCUGAACCCCCGAGGGAUCAUUGACACCCUCUUCUUUUCGCCCCGAACGGCGGUGGAAGAAAGAGCGGUGGCGGAAGAAGCUGAGGUGGAAGACGAAAGCGAGGAGGAGACCUCGGAAGAAGCAGGGAGCUACAACGAAUACAACAAGGAAGAGUCGGGUGGUGAAGAAGAAGAAGAAGAAGAAGAGGAUCAGUUAGAGAAAGAGGAGGAAUCUGAGCCCGGGCGCAAGCGAACACCUCGCGUGGAUGUGUGUAAGCGCGAUCCGAAAGUGCGCGGCCUACACGUGUCCACGCGCGACGAGUCGCGAUCGUUGACGAACUUGGCACCUCUACAUGGUGGCAAUGGUAAUGUCAAAGGCAACAACAAAGGCGAGGGCGCUGGCGAAGACAGUUCUUUGCACACCAGUCAUCGCUUCGGUGAGCACAUGUCGGUGAAAGAGAACCAGCAGUGCAACUUCGGAGCCGUCAUGGUGACUGGGGACAAUUCUCCUCUCCAACAGCAAUCCUCUCCGGCAGCAGCUGGUGUGGACCCGGACCAUGAUGGCUGCAAGAGCUGCAGCAUAUCGGCCACAUUUUUCCAGAAAAGUGUUAGCCCUUCGCCACAUGGAGGAGGGAGUUUGGACAGAAGUGCGCCGGCAACACCUGGUUCCCAUGGUGGAAGAAGCGAAAAGUCACAUGAGGGGUCUUUGCGUCAUCCUGUGAUGGCUAAUCUGGUGUUGAAGACGGACAUCAGGAGGAAUGCAGAUAGGUUCAAUGCAUCAUCAGCGAAGCCCUCGCCUAGUGGAGGAAGUCCCUCCGCCAUCGGUUUGGGCAGACUCCUUGAAGAGAUGGAAACUUCUGGAAGGUCGUCGCCAAGCACAGAUGCCCUCUCGCCCACUGGACUAACACAACGGACGUUGGGAAAGGAUGUCUCUGGCGGCGGUGGUGGAUUCACGCAGCGGACCUUGGGGAAGGAUAUCUCUGGCGGCGGCGCCGGACUAACGCAACGGACGUUGGGAAAGGAUAUCUCUGGUGGCGGCGGUGGACCAACGCAACGGAUGUUGGGGAGGGAUAUCUCUGGUCGUGGCGGUGAUUCCUCAGAUGUGAUCGCUUCUUCCGGUUCAAUGCAUCUUGCUAGAGAUUCGCCCAAUCCGAGAGGAGGACCUGAAGGGUUGUUCACAUUUACAAAGAGCAGGAUCGAUGCACAUUCUUCUCUCCCUACUAGAGCGGUUGGAUCUAAUCCCGCAUCUCUUUCUGUUACUACCCCCCUUUAUGCUCCCGCACCACGGAUGGCAGAGGUCCUCGAUGACGGUGCCUAUGCCAACCCUCCAAAUGGCAGUGAAAAUCUUCCUGGCAAGUUUCAUGAUUCUUCUGCCACCAGCCAGAAGUCAGCAAUGGGUUUAAAAGAGAGGGAGCCAACUGCGCGCCUGGGUAAUGACCGUCAGCAGACCUCGACCAGGGUGGCAGUUGGCAAUCCAAGCCCUUCUGCGGGGUCUGGGGAUGGUCAAUCAAGUGUGGAAGUCCCUCCCCCUCCUCUUGACGCCUAUGGGAGAGGCAAGCUUGAGUGGAAUGGUGGGCCGCCAUCUUCAUCGUCUGCGAGCGCUUCCACCACAAAACGGGGGGGACGACCUAGUUGGCUCCAGAAACUAGAAAAGCUGGCAUAUUCUCCAUCGCCGACCCCAAGAGGGGGUCAAACUGACAGUGGAGGCAUCACCCAAGGAGAGUCGGCGAUACAUACUGCGAAGCAACUGAAUGAAUUGGGUGCAGCAGGGACAUCAAAGAAACCGACGUCGUUUUCAGGAGGUGUAGGAGGGACAAGAGGCGGCGGCGGUGGCGGCGGAGGAGUGGUGGCGAUUCUGCGUGCGAUGACUGGAACCUCUGACUCUAACCUGGAAAAGUGGAAAAGGUUUAUUUUUCCGGUAGAUGAUGAUGGAGGUGAAAACACAACAGCAAUGGAAGGUUCGGAUGUCAGAGAGCGGGGAGAUGGCCCUGGAGGCCAUGAUACGGCACAAACCCAAGGCAAUUCAUCGCAAGACGUGCAGCAGAAGGGUCAACAGGGCAAUCACACGGAAAUGGGUGCAGGCAAAAGAGAUGACCCCUAUGUCCGCAGAACUAAGGACACAGGGGACGACUUCCGGGGGCAUGUAGUCAAAGUAAGUGGAAGGAGUUUGAAUGGAGAUGAGGGGAAUCCUGGGUGCGCCUUUCAGGCUGAAGCGGCUGGAAGAAACUUGAAAGAAGGCAUGUGGAAUAAUUCGGAUGCUGCGGCUAUUGAAGAGAGUUCAAGCGAGGACAAGAGGCCAAAGGAUGCUCCAUAUGUUGUGGAAAUAGGAAGGACCUCGUCAGUUGAGAGCGGAGAUGUAGCGGGAAGCGGGUAUUCGCCAGACGGACAGCUGUCGUCAUCGAACAAAAGCCCAGAUUCAAGCGAGGACUCAAGGGUGUCAGGACCGAUGGCCACAGCACCAACAGAAGGUGGAAGCAGCAGCUUGAGGUUCUUGAGGGCCAAGGAUGAAAACAUCAAGCAAAGGCUUGAAGAACACCUUACCUCGAGGGAGAAACAACACGGCGGCGGUCCACGCCUACAUGGUAAUCCGUCGACGGGAAAACUCUCGGGAAAAUCAAGCCGCAUAGCUUCGGAACUGGAGGCCGAAAGCCCCCGUGGGAGUUCACAAGGUGAUCAUCAAGGUCACAAAAGUCGGCUUGUCAAGCAAAAGGGCAUUGGGGGAACGCACCGGUUGACAAACAAUCAACUGGUGCGUGAGGAGGGCAUCAGAAACUUACAUUCGUACAAACAUUAUCAAGAAAAGGCAGUCGGUACCACCAACUCACAUCCUGCUGCCCAAAGGGAAGUAGAAAGUGCUGGCACUGGUACUGGGGCUGGGGCUGGGGCUGGGGCUGGGGCUGGGGCUAUGCACAUGGAAAUGAACAACGUAAACGUGUCGACAAAGAAACAAACAGGAUCAGGAGUGAAACCCCAAAGCCGGAUCGGGCACACCGGAACUGGUACUGGUACUGGUACUGGGGCUGGGGGACUGUCCAAGAAACCAGUGAAAGGAGGGAAGUCCGACUCAGCUGGAGGAGGAAUAUCAAGUCCCCAAGAAGGAAAUGGGUUCCAAUCAAACUUGCCAAGCGACGCCGGAUCGGGCCUCUCCAAUGCGAGGGCUCUCACACAAAACUCUUCAGGAAAGAAGGCCACUUCAGAUAUGUUCUGGCCAAUGAGAAAGCCAGUGUGGUACCCUCCUGGAAUUGGGAGUUGGAGCGACAUUAACCAGAUGCGAUCAGAAAGACGGUCACAGUCGGCCUUUGCUCGACUAGAGAGAACUUGGGCAGCUGAUCCCGAUCACAGGGAGGAGAAUCUGCAGAAAGCAGGCGCGCUUAAGCGACCUUUCGAGAGAUUAUACCUUCAGGUGAGAGAGACAUAACAUAAUGCCACUUCAAGGGGAACCUCGUAUCGCCCCUUUCAGUACAACCGGGUCCUUAUCGCUGUAUCUGGACCGAAAGCUGACCAAG